AUGUCCAUUGACCCCGUGAUACUCAAGGUCAUAUCUUCCUGUAUUAUUGAGGAGGGCAGUGGCGAUCAGCUCAGCUACUUUGAGAUAGUCACUAUAAAGCGAGGGGGCCGGGCGAAGCUGUGCUAUCUGUGCCUUGGGCGACAUGCUUUGUAUCUUCUACGCAUCAACAUGAGAGGAAUCAUCAGCAACGGAGCGAUCGAGUAUGAUAGUAUAGACAAGGUGGUGAUCGAUCCAAGCAACAACUCAUCACUCCUGUUGAUCCUGGUAGGGGCAACUCUGUGGAAGGAUAAUCGGGUGCCAUUAGAAUCGGAGGGCCGACACAGUCUGCUGGCUCGUCUGGUCAUCGCUUGGCAAGCUCAUUAUAUGUGGAAGACCAGCACGUUGAAGUAUCUCCCUAUAGUGGAGUACCCUCUUGAUCCGUUGCAGACAGUUGGUCAGCAGACUCUGCCAUCUGCAUUGAUUCAACCCUUCAAAGGAUUCAUCAGGAAGGUCAUCGGAGACUAUUCCGUCUUUUUGAGAGAAGAGUUUCGAAAUCAGCCCUUGAUAGAUCGAUGCAAUAGGUCAACCAGGGAAUAUUGCUUCGUAGAUGACAGGGAGAUUGAGUGUAUCAUCCGUAUUGAAGACGCCAGUCCAUCUAUUAUCACUGCCAAUGACAUACACUUGAAAUUCCUAGCAGCCCAGGAGAGGCUCAACACCAUUGAUCGCUCGGAGGCGUGGUUCAACGUCAUACGGGAUGGAGCCUAUGUGAAGCAUAUGAACUUGAACGACGACUUGGCAUCCUGGUGUGGUUGGGAGUUCCUCGUCAAGACGAUGACCCGGGCCACGGCUUGUGUGUUGUUACGACGGGAGUGUAUACCUCCUCUGAUGGAUUAUAGUCAGGACAUUAUAGUGACGGUAAACUGCCCGUUGAAAAUGAUGGGAAAAGGCAGGUUCACCGAUGAGGACCUCGCAACGGAGUGCUAUAUAAUAGCUGACUCUGUCACUUCUAUGAACGACAAGUCUACAGUAUACUGCGAUCUGUUACAAGCCAAAGUAGAUGCGCUCAUGUUCCCCUCGGAGGCUUACAAAUGGUUGGAAGCUCGACUGGACGUUCGACCGAGCUUUGCAGUACAUGCCAAGAGUCUCAUAGCAGCUGUGGUUAUGUUGCUUCAAAAGGAAGGACUAUUCCAUGACAGGAAAGUAGCGCUAAUCGCUAAUGACUGGAUCAACUCGUCGGAUUUGCUACGAUCUCUUGGUGAACAUGUUCCGAUGAACGGUAACGUCCCUGACAUGAUCGAGGAGCUUAAAUGGGCAUCUGUGACGGGUACUGGGAACCUCUUGAAAGAUGGUGUCUUCGGUGGUAAUAACGAGGACCACGAGGCAAUGCGCAACGCAUGGUAG